AUGAACGUUGGUGUGGCACACAGCGAGGUGAAUCCUAACACACGGGUGAUGAACAGCCGGGGGAUCUGGCUGGCAUACGUGAUCUCCGUGGGAGUCCUCCAUAUCGUUCUCCUCAGUAUCCCAUUCUUCAGCAUUCCUGUGGUCUGGACUCUCACCAAUGUUAUUCACAACCUGGUCAUGUACUUGCUGCUGCACACGGUGAAAGGGACCCCGUUCGAAACGCCGGACCAAGGCAAGGAUCGCCUCCUCACGCACUGGGAGCAGAUCGACUACGGGAUGCAGUGCACCUCGUCCCGCAAGUUCCUCAGCAUCUCCCCUGUAGUGCUUUACCUCCUCACCAGCUUUUAUACGAAAUAUGACCCUGCACACUUUGUCAUCAACACAACCUCCCUUCUCAGCGUCCUUCUGCCCAAGCUGCCCCAGUUCCACGGAGUACGUGUCUUUGGCAUCAACAAAUACUGAGGCCUGGCAUGCCCACCGCUACGUGCGGCACUUCCAGCGGAGAAAGAGGCAAAGCCUAAGGAAGGAGAUGGGACGUCAGAACUGUGUUAUGUGCUGGCUAGACAGCAAAGCAUGUUCUGCCAGGGUAAGGCUGGAGAAUGGAUGAGGGCUGGGCACACUGGCAGGGACCACUCCAGCUGGCGUGUAACACACUUGCAUGCAGGGCUUUUAGCAAGGAUUCCUUUGUCUCCAAGGAAGAUCCUCAUUUGGGCUUUAUCUCUUGGUGUUCUGGUGGAGAGAGAAAUGCAGCUGAGCUGCAAGGAAUGAGCAGGUCACGUCACACAUGCACGUUACCUUUGAGCUAACCUCCAUGUAACCAUGCAGCAACUGGAAGGCACCUACAAGGGGAGAACUGUUGAUUAACGGGAAGAGUAACCAAUCUAUGCCUCCUCUUCAUCCUCAUGUUUUAUAUACGUCCACCAUAAUAAAGAACUUACAGAGACUA